UACGGGUGCUGAUUAUCUCCAAGUACACUACUGAAAAAUACUUUCAACACCUUGAAAUACAUCUACAGCAUGGAAAAGUGAUACAUAAUACAAAGAAUUAUCUUGUUUGUUUAAUCCACGACGGUUCCGAUGUGUCUCCAUCCCCUCUCCGGAUCCACGUGGCCCACAUUUGCAUGCGUGCUGAGUAAAUGCUAACAAGCGCUGUCAGUUGCAACUAGACUUAACUCUAAUGAGUUACACGAUGAGUUAAAUAAAUCGUCAAUAAUUAUGAAAGCUAGAGUACAAUUUAUAAAUUAAUAGAGGAACAGUAUUAGAUUUAAAUAACACAAGUACAAAUUUAUUUUAAGAAGACAAUAUUGAUCUGUUAAAUCAAUAGAGAUAAUUUAAUAAAAUCUUACAAGUAUUGUUUGUAGUCUUACAUCCUCGUUGUACUUGUUCUGUAGUUGUCUUGUAAUUUUUAUUUAUCUGUUUACUGUAAUUGUUGAUGUUAAUUUAAUAAUUUACACCUGUGGGUUUAAUUAUCACGAUCUACGAAUGACUGGUGUCGAAAUAAAGCCAACAAGGGAGAUAUUUAUUAAGUAUAAAAAAAUGUUGAUUGUAUUAGGUUCAACAGUUGCAUUGAUAGCUAGUCUUACUAUGGCUUACUCAAAAUCACGAAGCAACUGGACCACAGUUGCCACUAAAAUUUAUCAUCAGAUCCAGUACAGUAUCUUGGGAAUAAAAGAAAAUUUCAUUGAUUUCCUACAGGCUAAAUACAAUAAAACUGAGUUACCACGUAAGAGCGGUUGUGUUGCUGUUGUUACUGGCGGGUCACGUGGAAUCGGGUUUGAAGUUGUCAAAAUGUUGCUUAAAUGUGACAUGGAAGUUAUCAUCGCCUGCAGAAAAAGAGAAUCUGGAGAGAAAGCUAUUGAUAAAAUUCGCGCAUCUGGAGUUACCGAUGGCAAAACUAAAGUUUACGUACUCGAUAACUCAAGUUUUGAGUCUGUAAAAAAAUUUUCUAGUGAAUUAAAAAAAGACUACACGAAAAUUCACGUGCUUAUUAACAAUGCUGGAGUUAUGGCUACACCUUAUGAAGAAACUAAAGAUGGAUUUGAGCAGCAGUGGGGUAUUAAUUAUUUGUCCCACUUUCUGUUGACGGCUUUACUUAUGCCGUUACUCCACAAUGCAGGCACCACACAAAAUUUUGCUAGAGUAAUAAAUGUGUCCUCGUGUGCUCAUCAAUUGGGUGUAAUUAAUUUUGAUGAUAUUAAUUACACUAAAAGAAAACCAUUUUUAUCAUACGCCGCGUAUGGCCAAAGCAAACUUGCUCAAGUUGUAUUUACAGAAACAUUAAGACACCUAUCAGAAAAAAAUGAUCUCAGAGUGAAAGCUUACGCCGUACAUCCAGGAAUUGUCAAUACAGACUUAUUUGAACACAGUUUUAUUCACCAUGUCAGCUGGGUCAUGAAGUUUUUAUUCAAAUCUCCAGAACAAGGUGCCAUGACAACUGUUUACGCAGCAGUAAGCGAAAAAAUCCAAGACACUGACGGGCUUUAUUACAGCAAUUGUUUAAAGGCUACUGUAAACCCACUUGCGUACGAUAAAUCUAUACAAGAAAGACUAUUUUUACUGAGUCUUGAACAAACAAAGCUGUCAAGUUUUUUACAGUACUGCUGAUUACUAGAGUUCAAAUAAUAAUUAAUUAACUAACGUCAUAUUUAAAAUCCGUCCGAUAAAACUAUUUAUGUUUUAAUAAAUACAUCUUUUAUUAAUUAUUUAUAAAAAUUAAUUUUACUUCAUAUAUGUACAAAAUUUUUUUCUUUAUUAACAUAUUUUUAUACCUUGAUGUAAACUUGACGGCCGCAUCUAUAAGCCGCGCUUGAUUUAAUACGCGGACCGCGGAGUUUUAUAGAGUUAGCGAGCAAUGCUGGAGUACGGAGAUGAAUUCCUCGUCCUUCUGGUGUCCAAGCUUUCAUUGUAACUUCUUCACCUUCAUUGGGAGUAAUUGAAAUCCACCCUACGGUAUUAUAAAUUAUUUAUUAUCAAGCAAAUAAAGACAGCACUUUUUUAAAAAUAAUUUACCUGCACUCGACAAAAGAAUAUCAGCUGCAGAUUCGUCUUCACUUUUUCCCGCGAUAGUAAAGUCUUUUGAUUUAAACUGCGGCCAUAUUUUUAAUCUCUCCGGAUCAUUGGUCGGCACAACUAAAGCUUCUGUUUCAAGUAAUUUACCAUAAACUUCAAUAGCGUCAGCAGUACGACAAAUAGUAAUAGGCAAUUCUUUACUUGCAAAUACAGUAACUCUAUAUAUAAAAUAAAUAUAUUAAUUUGUAAAAUAUAAUAAAUAAUAAAUAAAUUAUAAAUAAAAAUA